UUGGCGCGGGGAAGAGGUGGGCGCUAGUUACUGGAGGGUGUGUUGGCUUUGCAGCUUGCCUACUCAGUUUGCAAGGAUCACAGCUGCAGAAAAUGUCAGUACGGCCUGGGAGAACGAAGUCGAAGGAAAUGACUUGGAGCGAGAAGGAACUCGCAAAGCAUUUGCUGAACAAGAGGAGAACGUCGGCCACUGCGGACGGGAGUUCGAAAUCAUCACCAAAAGUCGGUCAGAAGCUGCAGGCAGGAACAAGUGGAGCUGUGAAAUCAGGCCUCAGCUCCACUGUGCCUGCAAAGAGAGGGGCAGAGCUGGCUCUUCAUCACCAAGCGGUAGUCGUGCCAGAAAAGGAAGGAGAUGCGAAGAAAGGAACUGCUAAAGAUUCAUCUUCUCUGAGCUCUCAAGCCAGAAGUAAAGAGAAGAGAGGUUUGGAGGAGAGACGAGAAGACAGAAGACGAGAGGACGUAAGGAGAGGGAGGGAAGGAACUAGAAACGAGAGAGGUGGUGGUAGAGACAGCCGGAGAGGGAAAGAAGAGGCUGGGAAGAAGGAACGUGACCCAAGAGAAAGGGAGAAGGAGAGGGAGAGAGAGAAGGAAGACAGAAGACGACGGAGGGAUAAAGAGAGGGGGAGGGAAAAGGAGGGGAGAGGGAAGGAAGGAGAGAAAAAUGCAAGAAUCAGCAGCAGCAGCUCAACUGGAGAAAAACCGAGGAUCAGUCCAGAAAGGGAGAGGAAACCACCAGCAGGUAUGGGUAUAUAUGGUCCGAUGCAGUGCAGUGUUGUAACUCAAUGUGUCCUUGUGUUGGAAGGACCCUUACCCCAGCCAAUGGAAGAAGUGAAAGAUGGAGAUGCCAUCGAAGAAGAUUUUGAAUACGAUGAGGAGUUUGAGGAAGAUGAUUAUGUCGAUGAUUUUGACGAAGAUAUCGAGGAACAUACCGAAAGUGAAGAUUUUUCUGAUGAUGUCAUUGCUAAAUCACCCCCGGCAACAAACCCUGACCCAUCGUCUACUGAUGGUAUCGACCUGGUAGAGAUCAUGCAAGCCAUCGAUGCCGAGAAUAUGGACGUAACACGUCCACUCCAUUUGGAGCCCACCCCCUCCCUUGGCAUUGGAACAACUUCCUCGCAGGGGUCACAAAGGUCAAUGGGUCAUCGGAAAUUUGUCGACUUCUCGUCAGCCAAGAAACUGAGGAGAGAGAACGUGUAG